UCGUUCACCUGAGUGUCUGACUGAUACAUUCCAAUUAAAGGGUCAUGUUAUGACUAAACGAGUGAACGACACAUCUCUACUUGUUUUGAGUUUUUAGUUGUUUGUUGGUUGUUUUGUUUCGUUGGUCCCACGUGCAUUCUUCUGUCAAUGACUACUCUCUACUCUAGUCUAUACUCUUGUGAUUUACAAAUCGCACAAUCGCAGUGCAGUGAAGUAAACUUACCUGGUAGUGGGUGGCGGAGCGGAAUGUGCAGACACUAAUUUCGUGGAUUUAUGGACUAUUUGGAAUAUGCAUUCAAAUAUUGUUCAAGACAUUGUCCCAACUAAAGACUAGUGUCAAUGAACAGACAAAUUGAUUAAUUUUGUAUUUAAUCAAAUUGUGUGAAUGGAAGAACCUCGAGUAAUCGUAGGAGUAAGAGGAGCUGAACUUUUGUUUUACGAUGGAUAUUGCUAUAGGAAGCGACGAUCUGACAGUGUCAAACUGGUCAGGUGGAGAUGUUCACAUUUUACGCGGUUUUCGUGUAAGGGAGCCAUGGUGACGCAAAUGCCGUACAACAACCCACGGGUACUGGAGGAACAUAACCACCCGCCCAACAACGCUGAGUUCGAAGUCACACUGUUGAGGCUGAAAAUGAGAGAUCUGGCAGCGACGAGCACAGGUACCCUAAAUUCUUUGGUGAGGAUGGUGCUGAGAGAGGCAUCACAGGAGGCCCGGAAUCUGUUGGAGCCGAUACUCGAUGGCAUCAAACGAGACCUGCGUCGACUGCGACAAAAGCUGACAUCAGGUGUUGCCAGGCAAAACAUAUCCUAUCCACAAAAAAUACAAGGAUCUGGUUGGAAAAUCGCAGCUGGAGAAAAUGAGAAAAGUACAAGUGCUUGUGUCAAAAUAGAAGAAGAAAAGGAAUUUUCUUUUGAAACUGUGUACUGCAACGAAAAUUUUCAGGAGGUAAAACUAGAAGCAGAGUACAAUGAAGCAUACGAGUCAACGGCAAGUUUUCUUUUUAAAUCUGAGUCAAGAGCAGAACCAGCUGUCAGCUACAAUACAGCUUCCAGUGAAUCUCCCGUAGAAAUUAAAUCUGAAAGCAGUAAAGAUGUGACCCAAGUGUUGGAUGUCAGCGGUUCUGUAACAUCUUCUGAACCUAUAGAGAAUCAUUCAGUUAUCACACUAGAGAGAUCUCACAACUCAACAAGUGAUUUAGACCUUUGCAGAUUGAGACACCAUGAUUCUGAACCCUCUUUUAAUGUUGAAGUUGGUGAGAAGGGUAUAGGAGCCCCUGAAACAACAGAAACCAUUGUCUUAAAACGGAGUCUUCCUGUGGACAAACCAUCUGAAAGAAUUUCUCCAUCAUCAGUCACAACGUCAGAAACUCUCUUUAACAAACCCUCAGGCCUUCCUGAUGGUCAGGAUGUUUUACAUGUCAUAUCGUUGAAGAAAAUUCCUAAAAACAGAAGACAAGCUGCCAGAGAAAAAAUUACAGAGUUAUUAGAUUUUAUUGUUCAUCAAGAUUUAGAUCCUAAGUUUUUAGAUCUAAAGAAACUAGUUAAUUAAACCGAAUUAAAUUAAACCAUUUUUAGACACCUUUA